CAGGCGCGUGUGGAAGUCAGCCCUACGCAGGAGCGACGGCUGAGCCGUGCGGCUGCGAGUCUUCACGAGGGCGCCGCCAUGUCGGAGCUGGAGAUCUUCAGGCUGAGGUCGGGCCCGGCCCCAGCGCUGCCGCCCAUGGAGCCCGCGGGCUUCAUGGCGCGGCCCCGGCAGCCCCCGCCGCUGCCGGUGGGCCCCCCAGAGCUGGACGUGCAGAUGAACCAAGCGCCCCGCUGGCAGACCAGGCAAGCUCAGAGAGAUGAGGUUAUCGUCAACGUCAGCGAUGAGCCGCGCGGGACGUGAGACAUGUCACGAGAAAGAAACGUUUCACUUCGCUCGGCGCUCCUAAGACUGAGCGCACGAGGGGCAGCGUGAGCGCGCACCUGGCGCAUUCGGCGAUCAGCA